AUGUCGACGUAUGACGAGAUCGAAAUUGAGGAUAUGACCUUUGAGCCGGAAAAUCAAAUGUUCACGUACCCCUGUCCCUGUGGAGACAGGUUCCAAAUAUACCUGGACGACCUGUUUGAUGGUGAAAAAAUAGCUGUUUGCCCUAGUUGCUCGCUGAUGAUUGACGUCGUUUUUGAAAAGGAAGACCUGGCUGAGUACUACGAAGAAGCUGGUAUACAACCCCCUGAACCCAUUGCUGUUGCCGCUUAA